CAAACCAAAAAACGAAUUCAAUAAUCCUAUUUCAGACAUAGCCAUUUCAAAGUGGAAGCCCGCCAACUGCAGUUUCCAACCCCAACCGUCGCCGCCGCCGCCGCCGUACCGGGGCAGAUGAACUUCGAGUCCAGCGACGCCGCUCUUUGGAGAGAGGCUCUGGCAUCCUACGAAUCCGUACUGGAGACCCUGGGAAAGCCCAACCUAAUAUCGCUGGACGAGUUCUACCGUAACGAGCUCCCAAACCUCCUGCACCACCGAAACCCUAAUCCCUACAUCGCUAAGGACGAGCUCGCCAGGCUCAUGGAGUGGAAGCUCUCCCGCGGAAAAUGGCGGCCGCGCUUGCUAUCCUUCGUCUCCUCCCUAAACGACGCCGUCGUGAAGGAGGCUUCGGGGAAGGCGUUCGCUUCCUUGCCCGAUAUUUCGAAGGCCGUCUCGGAACUAACUGUUUUGAAAGGAGUGGGGCCCGCCACCGCCUCCGCCGUCCUCGCCGCCUAUGCGCCGGAGGUCGCGCCGUUUAUGUCCGAUGAGGCGAUGGUUUCUGUGAUUGGUGAUUCGAAGGAUUAUUCAUUGAAGCGGUAUAUGAUCUUUGCGGAGAAACUGCAGGCCAAGGCAAAGGAGUUGUCGACUCCUGAGGAUGUAUUCACAGCAUCAGAUGUUGAAAGGGCUUUAUGGAGUUCUUAUGUAAGUGGCAAAGAAAGAACCUCUUCGGUAAAGGGUAGGGAUCAGCCCAACAAGAAGCUGAAACGAAAAAGGAGAUGAUGAACACCAGGUACCAGAUAUGAACGUGAUUCCGCAAUCAAAGCACCCACUCUUUCUUGUUUUCCUCAUCAAUGUGCAACAGCAAAAAAGUGCACAUUUUUUCUUCAGCUGAAAAUAGGAAAAAGUUCAUUUGACAAUUCCACAAACUUCCUUCAGGACAUGUUUUUCAUCUUUUAAUAUCCUUUUCAUGUUCCUCCGUUUUGUUGGUUUAGUAUUUAUGGUUCUAAAUAUUUUUUUAUUGUCAGAUACAGGAUUUCAUUGUUA